CACACGCGCGCGCACACACACACCCACACACAAAUUUCUUUUUAAUUCAAUAUUUAAAAACAGCGAUCCCCCAUCCCAUAAGCAACUUUGAAGAGGCACGUGCAACUUGUUACGCAUGCGCUCUAUCUUCUCAAUGAUUGGCGUGUGCUUGUACUUUCUACUUUCCUUAACAACGGUCACCGGGGAGACUAGAUUGGGAAGACGCCCACUGCGGAUUGGCUGCCUCUGUCUUCAUCGCCGGCGGAGAACCACUAGAAGGGACAGGUCCGGGCAUUGCAGUGGUAGAGCUGGCUGUCCCAGAGCCCGGACGGGAGAGCGCUUGACAAGUGGCUCAGAAGGACAAAGAGAUGAUCAGCCCCCAAUCCAGCCAGAACCUGGGAAUUAAGAUGCAGCCGGAAUCUGAACAGCUCCCCCAAAUGCAGCAGGAACUGGAGAGGUGUCCCAGCUCGGUGGGUGAACUGGCCAUGAGGACUGAAACAGACGUGAUGUCUGAGUCUGACGCAGCGGCCACCACCUCUGUGGAAGUGGCUGAAGAUCCCGGAGCCAACUUGUUCCCGCCACCACUACCCCAGCCCCGGAUCUGUAUGUGGAAAUACCUGGACCUCCAUUCUAUGCACAGACUGGAGAAGGCAGCCACUGUGGAAGAGAUGAGAGAGGUGCUAGCUGAGCUCCUGGAGCUUGGCUAUCCUGAACAGAGCCUACGGGAUGCUAUUAUCUUGGACCUCUUUUCCUAUGCACUCAUCUUCUGCCGCCAGCAGGGCUUUUCACUAGAGCAGUCAUCAGCAGCUUGUGCCUUGCUCCAAGAUCUUCACAAGGCCUGUAUUGCCACCCCUUUGGGCAAUGUGGAGGAAUGUUACCGCUUCUUUACCAGCGUUCUCUUUUGCCAUGGAGUCAGGCGGCCCCCGUUCAGCAUCGACCUCUUUAAGGAGGAACAGCUGCUGGCACUGGCAGACUAUGUGGUCAACACCUACUUCCGCCACUUCAAGCUCUACAAAUACGUCUUUACACCCCAGGUUCGGCUGGACCUAUCUUUGACUUACAUGGGGCUACAGCUACCUAAGCCAGAGGAGAAAGAAGGCGAGGAGGCAGUGGAACAAGCAGCUACUCCACAGGAGCAAGAACCAGAGACUGAGAUCCAGCCAGAGCAACAGCCAAGCGAGGUGUGCAUCCUUCAAACCUACAUCAAGACGCAGCUGAGCAAGGAGCUGAGGCAGCUGCAGCAGCUGGUGGAGGAGCGGCUCAAGGAGAGUGAGGAGAGACUGAGCAGCAAACUGGCUGCCCUGGAGCGGCCCUACCAGCCACCUCCCAGCAAAGGCAAGACCAAGACCAAGUGAUCCCCAGCAUCUUCUCCAAUAAAGACCUGGACCAGAG